AACAACAACAGCAACAGCAACAUCGACAUCAUAAUAACAAUUUGAACAUAAAGUACAUGCUUGAUCACCAUGACAAGCUGAAUCAUUCAGAGGCACAUGUCAAAAAGUUCAAAGGAGAAACUCUGGCUUACGUUACUCCUUGGAAUAGUAGAGGAUACGAUAUUGUGAAAGAGUUUAAAGGAAAGUUUGACUAGUAGCGUAUUGUUUCAAACAAAGUAUUUGCGUUAACAGCAUAUUAGUGCCAGCAUUAUGUUGAAACUGAAUGAUUUAUCCUAUUGUUAGUGUAUCUCCAGUGUGGUUCUACAUUGAAAGAAGAGCUUCAAUGCAAUUUGAUAUACUUGGUGAACAUGAUGUUGACCAGGGUUGGAUGAAGGAAACCCGAGAUCAAGUAAAAAGCAAAGGAAAAAUCCUCCCUAGAUUUCAGUGCCGUGGUUGGACGAGCGAGGAUCUGCAGACGUUCAUAUCAAGUAAAGCAGAGUCAUUUGCGUUAGCGUCAAUGAUUCAUCAACAAGUCCAGAAGCACAAAUUUGAUGGAGUAGUUAUUGAAUGUGGAUUUCCAGCAUUUUUUCCACUAUUACUUUCAAGACUAUCUCAAUUACUGCACCACCAUGGGCAACAAUUGAUUGUAGUACUUCCGGCUAUUAUGACAGAAGAGCAUAAGAAAUAUAUGCAACCAGAUUUCCUCCAUGCUAUGGCGCAAUAUGUAGAUAGAUUUAGUCUAAUGUCUUACGAUUUUUCGAGUCAUAAUCCAAACGGAGGUCCAUCUGCACCUAUUGAAUGGAUUAUGGAUAACACUGAAUUUAUCACAUCCUUGCUAGGGACUGAAAAUAAGCACAAAUUAUUGGUUGGCCUCAAUAUGUACGCCAUGUCGUAUUUGCAAACCCGUGCUCCAGAAGCUCUGGUACUUAGAACAGUUGUAGAACACUUAUCUGAAAGACAAGGACACCGUUCCAAUGACGAAGACGUUCAUCAUCAUCACCAUUUGCUUACCGAUGACGAAGACUUGAACUGGGAUAAGGAAUCUCAAGAGGCAUGGUUUAUUGACAUGGACGAAGGAGGUAGCAGACGAGGUACUGUUUGGUUACCUACUUUGCGCUCAAUCAAAAACCGAGUACGUUUUGCUGAGGAUUAUGGGGUUGGACUUGCUUUAUGGGAAGUAGGUCAGGGUCUUGACUAUUUUUAUAAUUUGUUCUAGCCUCCAUUUUAAAUGGUUGCAUGUUGAUCAAAAUACUACAAAAUGAUUUUCAAAAAGUUAUAUGUCAAUCGCUUGUAUAAUUGCCAUAAAGCUUGAAGAUAAAUAAAUACUCAAAUCAAAUCAACGGAACAACAGUUCCAAAUAUUGAAUAUUCAGUUGUAUCAUAUGUUUGCUUAUCAUCGAGGCAAUUUGUAAUUAUAAUGUUUUUAAAACACCCCUUAGCCUAUUUUGACAUUAAAGAGAUACACUGAAC